AUGUCAGAUCUGUUCGUCGAGUUGACUGCGCCGAAUGGCCACAAAUAUAAGCAGCCGCGAGGCCUCUUCAUCAACAAUGAGUUCGUGAAGUCACUUUCCGGAGAAACGAUCACGAGUAUUAAUCCGAGCAACGAGAGCGAGAUAGCUUCAGUCUAUGCGGCAGGACCGGAAGAUGUCGACAGGGCAGUAGCGGCCGCGCGGCAAGCAUUCAGAGAUUCAUCAUGGCGCGACAUGGACACCAAUGCGCGAUCAGACCUCCUGUUCAAGUUCGCUCAGUUGAUCGAGCAACACAGGGAGACGCUUGCAACUAUUGAGACCUGGGACAACGGCAAGCCGUACCAAGUCUCAUUGAAUGAUGAUCUUGGGGAAGUAAUUAGCACGAUCAAAUAUUACGCUGGUUACGCGAACAAGAUACAUGGACAGGUCAUCGACACUUCGCCAGCAAAGCUAGCGUACGUAGUACGGGAACCGCUGGGAGUUUGCGCUCAGAUCAUCCCAUGGAAUUUCCCACUGGCUAUGGCAGCAUGGAAACUGGGCCCUGCCUUGUGCACGGGUAACACUGUAGUUAUGAAGGCCGCCGAACAGACACCCUUAUCCAUUCUGUACCUGGCAUCGUUGGUCAAGGAGGCCGGGUUCCCGCCCGGUGUCAUCAACAUACUGAACGGUGAAGGCCGAAAGGCUGGUGCAGCAUUGGCCCAACAUCUGGAUGUUGACAAGAUUGCCUUUACUGGAUCGACUGCCACUGGAAAGGAGAUCAUGAAGAUGGCCGCUGUGAACAUGAAGAAUAUCACCCUGGAGACCGGCGGAAAAUCACCUCUGCUGGUCUUUGACGACGCCGACUUGGACCAGGCAGUCAAGUGGUCGCAUGUAGGUAUCAUGUACAACCAAGGCCAGGUCUGCACAGCAACCUCCCGGAUCCUUGUUCAAGAAGGCAUCUACGAUAAAUUUGUUGAAUCAUUCAAGGAAUACGUUUCCAAGGCUUCCGUAGUUGGCGACCCAUUCAAAGACGACACGUUCCAAGGCCCACAGGUCACCAAGACACAGUAUGAGAAGGUGCUUUCGUACAUUGAGGCCGGAAAAUCUGAUGGAGCGAAGCUGGUCGCUGGAGGCGAAGCUUUCAAAGACGUAGGGGGCAAAGGCUUCUUCAUCGCACCUACUAUUUUCGCCGAUGUCAAAGAUGACAUGAGGAUAUACCGCGAAGAGGUGUUCGGUCCGUUUGUAGUGAUUUCCUCCUUUAAGACAGAAGAGGAAGCCAUCGAACGCGCGAAUGACACAACGUACGGACUGGGAGCUGCCCUAUUCACUCAGGACAUUACAAAGGCACACACCGUUGCCAGACGGAUCGAGGCAGGGAUGGUCUGGAUUAACUCAAGCAAUGAUUCGGACGUACGCGUGCCGUUUGGCGGUGUCAAGCAGAGCGGUAUUGGACGAGAGCUUGGAGAAGCUGGUCUAGAGGCAUAUACCAACAGGAAGGCCAUCCACGUCAACCUUGGUAGCAGACUAUGA